AUGAACGGUGGGGAGGCCGUGGAUAGACCUCAGGACCUGCCUGAAAAUGCGGAUACCCAACAGGCAUCGGGGUUAGUUCCCCCCCCCAAGGAUGCGGAACUCGACCCCAGCAUCGACUUCACAACCGACGUAUUUGACGUUUCUCCCGAUACGGCUCUGGAACUCUUGUGCGUCACCAUUGAUAAACUUGCAGCGCAGAGGCGGAGUUCCCAAGGACCUGGUGCUCUCCGCGGAGACAGAGGGGGAGACGGCAUAUCGAGUGGGGAGGAAACACCGACGAGAAUUACGGAAUUGCAUUUCACGCCAGCAAGCGACGAUGACCUAGGUCGCGAUGUGAUGCAACAGUCUGUCCUGACCAAGAGAUUUCUCUCCAAGCGAGAACCACCCAUACCCAUUAAAGAGUACUUGCUGCGGCUCCAUCGCUACUGUCCGAUGUCUACCGCCGUCUAUCUUGCUGCAAGCCUGUAUCUCACCAGAAUGGCUGGCAUUGAUGGAAUUAUAUCCGUAAACCGGAAGAACAUGCAUCGUCUCGUACUCGCCAGCCUGCGCGUGGCGAUGAAGACACUGGAGGAUCUCAGCUAUUCCCAUAGUCGGGUUGCCAAAGUUGGAGGAGUGACCGAACGGGAGCUGUCGAGGCUGGAGAUCAGCUUCUGCUUUCUCGCAGAUUUUGAGUUACGUGUGGACAAUCAGAUGCUCGUCGACCAAGCCAGGCUUUUGCAAUGGAACAUAGCUCUAGGGGGUAAGUCCAAUCAGAGCCAGACCUAA